CAUCCAACUUGACAACUAUAUAAACCCAUUCCCACUCCCCAUUUCUUAUUCAUUCCAACUCUCAACUCUCAACAAUCACAAAACACAGCCAUGGCCAUUGGAACUUUGGAGGUCAAAUUGGCAAACGCCAAAGGACUUCGAGGCACAGAUUUUCUGGGUAGAAUUGACCCUUAUGUUUUGAUUCAGUAUAAAGGCCAAGAACACAAGAGCAGUGUUGCCAGAAAUGAAGGAGGAAGUCCAGUGUGGAAUGAGAAAUUUAUAUUCAAAGCCGAGUACCCCGGAACCGGCGACAACUUCAAGAUCAUCCUCAAGAUCAUGGACCAUGACACCUUCUCUGCUGAUGAUUUCAUUGGCCAAGCCUCGAUAUAUGUCAAAGAUUUAUUAGCUCUUGGAGUUGAGAAUGGUGUGUCGGAGUUAGGGCCUCAAAAGUAUCGUGUUGUGGGAGACAAUCUUAACUACAAUGGAGAAAUUCAAGUAGGAGUGACGUUCACUCAAAAGGUAACAGAAUACGACGGAGAAGAAGUGGGAGGAUGGAAGCAAAGUGGAUACUAAGGUGGCUGCUUCUUUAGAUUCAAUGAUGAAUGUCCCCAUUUGUAGCAUGUUAUUCUUUAUCAUUCAUAUUACUAUUGUACAAUUCUGCUUCACAAUUUAAUGUUCUUUUGUGGAGCUGUUUUUCUUAGGAAAGGCUGUGGUUAAUUUGUUGGGUAUUUAAUGGUGUGUUAAUAAUUACUUCAUCCUAUAUAGACUCCGUGGUAAAAGCACAUUUGGAUGUGCUAAAUAAGCAUAACUAAAAUAACAUAGAAAUUAUACUUAUCAA